CUAAUAUACUCAUAAACACCUUCAAUUUUAAUACUAAUAAAACUAAUAAAAAAAUAAUAAUAUAAGCUAUUCAAAUUGGUCAAAACGCUUAAAUUUGGAAGUUGAAUACUAUAUUUCAAAAGUAAGCUGCAGUUUAUAGUGGAACUAAAAAUCUUAGGAAUAUAGAGCAGGUAGCCUGGUCUCGAACAGGUGAUGGUCGCGGGGAGGAGAGUGUGUUGUUUCCCCCUCGGAAAACGUAUACGCACGACGUGUUCGUGAUCACGAGUCCCGUGCGGCGAUAUUCCUACCUACGAUCGAAUGGUCGGUGUCGGUUGGCCGUGGGGAGUGUUCAGGCAGCGACAGGUAGCUGUUGUCUCCGCCGCCUCGUGUUGUUCACGCGCUACGGUCCGGUGCUUGCGAGUACGCGAGUCGUCGACGUCGAUGAUAUACUCGACACUACGUCGACAACACUUACCGCCCCUUUCACAUCUCAAACGAAAAAAUGCACAACGUGAGUCCACUCGUGGAAAUAUUUGGGACAGAUCUGUGAAAGGAAAAUUAAAAAAAAAAGUCUAAUAGUGUCGUCAUCAGUAAUUUGGUACAUAUAAAAAAAAGGCUGUUCUGUUAUGUAUAUAUAACAAUAUUACUCAUCUCGAUUAAAAACAAUUUAUUAUGACAGAAAUUUAAUAAAUUUGCUGUCAUUGCUUUUGUCAUCUAAAUAUUGUAUCGGCAGACGAUUGUAUUAUUUUUCACGGUAGUGUAAAUAAUGUGAUGCAUGCUCAAUUAUCUAUUGUCUCAGUGACCAAUGUGCGAGAACCUUUAUUUUUUAAUGAACAUAACGCCCAAUAUAUUUUUAUUUUCGGUAGUACCUAAUAAUAUUUUCGAAUAGGUAACUAUUAAUUUUUACGCGCGUAUCGUAUGCAGCAUACGCAUCUUAAUACAAAAUUAUAAUUUUUUUACUUACCCGAAUUCCUAUAAUACAUACCUAUACGUAUUUAUUUAUUGAAUGAUUAUUGAAUUUCGUAUUUAUGGUUUGCAAUGUUGUACAUUGGAUAGGAGGUAAUUAUUUUAGUACGCCUUUGUGUACCUAUAGAUUUAAAGAUUAUCGACAAGCCUGUGACUGACUAACAGAAAAUUAUAUCUGACGUUCCAGAUUUAUUUUAAUAUUUUAUGACAGUUUUUUUCUUCUUUUUUUUAUGUGUGGAAAGCGAAUAAAAUUAAAUGAUACCUAUUUGCUGUUCAAAAACAACAGAGGAAAAUUGUUAUAGUGUAAAUAAACGAUAUACCUAUAUGUUUAUGAUGAUGUCUGCAGCGCACUGUUUGUUUUCUCUCUAUGGUCCAUAUACGCAAUAUAUAGACACUUAUGUAUUCACGCAGAAUCGUUUUUUAUUUUUUUUUAUUUUGAAAGUCGAAUACAAAAUAAAAUAUAAAACCAAUAUGUCAUAAUCUCAAAAAUGUUAUUCUCUGUUAUAUAUGUAAUAAGUGAUUUUAAUCUAAGAUAACUCAUUAAUCAUAAAAAAACGAUUUUAAUAAGUGAAAGCGUUUUAUCUAUAAUACGCGUGGGUAUGAGGGAGAAAACAAAUAUUACGCUGACGUCUUCUUAAAAUCUACCUCCAGGUGGUUUCACCAUGGCUUAAUACGGCAACAAGGUGAAGGGACUAAAUUAAAUAUAUAUAUAUAUAUGUGUGUGUGUGUGUGUGUGUGUGUGUGUGUGUGUGUGUAUAUUGUAUAUAUAGUAUACAUCGUGUAAUGAAUGCGCAGUGACAAAAUUGUUAAGAAGGAUCGACACUCACCCCUCACCUCGCACCAAGUAUACGACACUAGUCCAAAGGUUCAAAUGAAUAGGUACACAGAUAGGUAGGUAGUUAGACAACAGGUAAAGUAUAUGAAAACGUACAUUGUCCGGCCGGAUGCGAUGUCGCGAAUCAUGAUAACGGAAGUCGAUAACUGUCCCUACCAAUCGGAUCGAUUCCUUAUAUUGAAUAAAAAAAAAUACAGUAGAUGCAGCGUUAUAUUAUAACGGUCGGACGUGAACAAAUGUCAGUCGUUCUACAGUCUCUGGACGUGCAUGUUACCGUCUCCGGACCGUUACAAUUGUGUAGGGCAGUGUUUGGCACUUCGUUUUGAAAAUGGACAACGGAUCUGAAGACGGAAUUCGUGUCGACGUCGCUUACGAAAACCGCGAACGUAAAGACAGCAAUUCUGAACGGAAAACAGUUCGGUUCGACCCGCAACCGCCGAGGGUGAUGUAUCUCGACUUGGAAAAAGGUUAUGAUCCAACUCCACGACCGUCGUACUUGGUUCGUCAGCGCGUUGUGAAAUAUCAGAUGGAAUUGUCGAAUCGCUCGAAUGCGAAGCCACCUCUGCCGCCUAGGAAUAAUGUUGACCCGUUGAUUGCGCUCGCCGAGUUACUAGAGCAACCGUUGCCACCUACACCACCGCCUUCACCGGUAAUAAAGAUGAACCAGCCGAAUCUUAAGCCGAAGCCGCUCCUAAAUGGACAGUUGACGGUCACCAGUCGGGGCGUGCAGCACUACAGACGCGACCCCGCGUCUGUAGAAGCACUUGCCCGCAGUACCGCUGUAGGAGGAACCCAUUACGGAAAUCCCGCGUUGCCGACGCAAUUUUACACAGCGCUCAGCAUGAACCCAAACGUACCGCCGAAAAUACCGAAAAAGGCGAAAAUGCCACCACCCCCUCCCCCGCCAUUGCAACCAAAGCCAUCCACGUUAAAGGCCACAGCGGAGGUAGCGGUGCAGGAGGAGCCGAAGCCGUCCACAUCAAAGGCGGCAGUGCAGGAGGAGUCGGAGCCGUCCACACCUAAGGCGGCAGUGCAGGUGGAGCCAAAGCCGUCCACAUCUAAAACGGCAAUUCAGAAAGAGCCGAAGCCGUUAAAGAUGGUAGUGCAGGUUGAGGUGCACGUGGAGCGGAAGCCGUCGACUUCUAAGGCGGCAGUGCAGGUGGAGCCAAAGCCGUCCACAUCAAAGGCGGCAGUGCAGGUGGAGCCAAAGCCGUCCACAUCAAAGGCGGCAGUGCAGGAGGAGUCGGAGCCGUCCACAUCAAAGGCGGCAGUGCAGGAGGAGUCGGAGCCGUCCACACCUAAGGCGGCAGUAGACAUGGUGGUGCAGGAGGAUCCGAAACCGUCCACAUCUAAGGCGGCAGUGGAUAUGGUGGUGCAGGAGGAGCCGAAGCCGUCCACAUCUAAGGCGGCAAUGGACUUGGCGAUUCAGGUGGAACCGGAGCCGUCCACAUCUAAGGCGGCAAUUGACUUGGCGAUUCAGGUGGAACCGAUGACGAACGGUCAGACGCAGUCGGAUGGAAAACAGCAGGACGACGGCGGUAAUGACAAGAAGCACAAAGGUAAGUGCAAAAUACGCGAUGGUCGGUGUAAAAAGUGCGAGCGCGCGUCCAGCCAACAAGCGGACGACAACAACCAUGAUGGACCCGGGAUGCGAUGUUUGCUUUUCACCAUCCAGUGCUUAGGAUGCUCCACUAUGUGAUUAUUUAAGGUAUUUCGCUCAACUUAUAGUUCAAUGUUAAAUGUAUUAUUCUUAUGAAAUUGCUUUUAAUGUUUACUGCAAUAAUUAAUAACACGUCAUAAAAGUUUUGUAUUAUUAUUAUUAUUAUCAUGUUUUUUUUUUCAAUAAUAAACAAAAAAAAUUUAACUUUCUACUUAAAAUAUUGACUAUAUUAGAAUAAUACGUUUGGCAUUGUUUUAUAGACACAAUAAAAAAUUGUGUCCGUCCGAUGUGUACGUAGUGAUAUUAAUAUUAUUAUUGUUUUUUUAUUAAUUUUUUUUUUAU